AUCAGGAUGCUAGAGGCAUCCAUUCCCACUCUGCACCCAGCUGAAUGUGGAGGCCUUGAAGAGCUCACUGGACUCCAGGUAGAAGAGACCAAGGGUGUUAGCAGCCAAGAUUUUGGGGUGAUCCUCAAGACUGCAGUACUCCCCUGGUUCUUCUGUAUCUCCCACCUGUGUCUACACUCUCAGGAAAAGGACAAGAGAUAUUCCCAGAGACGAAGUGCAUUUCAAAGGUUUCCUAUUUAUGAUUUACUUGGAAAAAAAUGAAAUUAAUUCAAUGUGUACUGUUUUCCAAAAGGAUGACCCUUCUAGUCAAUACUAAACCUGCCUGAAGAAAUAAUUUAAGCCAUUAAACAUUUGUAACUGCUUAACUGGAAAGAGGAAAUUCAAUUUAUUCUGAGGAGCUCUCACUUCAAAGCUCUCACUGUCAAAGAACAUGCAUGAAAAUCCUCUCCCAACAAAUCCCUCCCCUGAUACAGUUAAAUGCAAAUUCUCCCUUCCGUCUUACUCCAGAAAGCUCCUGCACACAUAGCUGAUGCGCCACCUGCUGCAAAGCUGAGCCGCCAGCGCAGGCGACGCUGCCAGCAUUUCCAUUCCCUCGCCAGCCUGGGGCUGAAUAAAGGCGUGUUUGUGUGGCAGUGUUUCUUUCUAAAAAAUCCCAAAGCCAAGAAGAACAAGCUGAAAUAGCAUCUUCCAAGAUGGAGCGUAAAAUAAACAGAAGAGAAAAAGAAAAGGAGUAUGAAGGGAAACACAACAGCCUGGAAGAUGCUGACCAAGGAAAGAACUGCAAAUCCACACUGAUGACCCUCAACGUUGGUGGAUAUUUAUACAUUACUCAAAAACAAACAUUGACCAAGUACCCAGACACUUUCCUUGAAGGUAUAGUCAAUGGAAAAAUCCUCUGCCCGUUUGAUGCCGAUGGUCAUUAUUUCAUAGACAGGGAUGGGCUCCUCUUCAGGCAUGUCCUAAACUUCCUACGAAAUGGAGAACUUCUAUUGCCCGAAGGGUUUCGAGAAAAUCAACUUCUUGCACAAGAAGCGGAAUUCUUUCAGCUCAAAGGACUGGCGGAGGAAGUGAAAUCCAGGUGGGAGAAAGAGCAGCUCACACCCAGGGAGACUACUUUCUUGGAAAUAACAGACAACCACGAUCGCUCACAAGGACUAAGAAUCUUCUGUAAUGCUCCUGAUUUCAUAACAAAAAUAAAAUCUCGCAUUGUUCUGGUGUCCAAAAGCAGGCUGGAUGGAUUUCCGGAAGAGUUUUCCGUAUCAUCAAAUAUCAUACAAUUUAAAUACUUCAUUAAGUCUGAAAAUGGCACUCGACUUGUACUAAAGGAAGACAACACCUUUGUCUGUACCUUGGAAACUCUUAAGUUUGAGGCUAUAAUGAUGGCUUUGAAGUGUGGUUUUAGACUGCUAACCAGCCUGGAUUGUUCCAAAGGGUCAAUUGUUCACAGCGAUGCACUUCAUUUUAUCAAGUAAUUACCUGUGUCACGGACAAAGGCAACAAGCAUGCAGCCAGCACGCUUUGGAAAAACCUCAGCAUCAAAGGUAUCCCAAAUAACUGUGCCCAGCCAGCUCUGUACUACAGAGCCCUGCUGCUAAUCAAUUACUGUGAGCUAACGGUAUGUAAAUUCUAUCGCUAAAGAUGUCCCUCUCUGGGGUAUUCCUGCUGAUCAGACUCAUUCACCUACGAUGAAAACAGUAAUCUGUUUACUGUAAAUAAAAACGGAAUGCUUUUCCUAGUUGCUUAUUUUUCCUUAAGUUGUCUUUCGAUCAGAAUGUCUUCGGUACUUGCACAACAAACAAGCAUGUACAUUCUCUAUCGUUGAUUUAAAUAAAUGGUAAUAUAAUAUUGUAAGGGGCCAUAUGAUUUAAAAUCUUUUCUCCUUACAGGAAAAAUAUACAAAGAAACUGAACUGGUAAAACUAACCACUGAGAGCCUAACAGAUGGGCAGAUCUACCUAAAACAAACCUAUAGCUAAACAAAAUGGACUGUAAUAAAGUAUUAAAGCUAUUGAUUUGAUUUUUAUGAGCAGGCACCAAGAGCCUAUUCACAGUUCCUGUAUUUCAUAGUAGGAUUAAGGCUGCAUUGAUAUUUUGCUGGAAACUCCUAGAGAACUGCUUGAUGAUAAUAAAAAAAUAAAAGCACUGCUAGCUUC